AUGAUUGAGGGACCUGAGGGAAAAGAGGUCCUUGAAGACGUAGGAAGAAAGGCCGAGGAAAAAUCGGUCGAGGAUUUGGUGGAAGUGCGCAUCGACGAGAACGACCCAACUAAGUUCUUCCUUUUGGGAUCAUCUUUGUCUAGUGCUGAGCGGUUGGAUUAUGUCAAUUUCUUGGUUUCCAAUUUGGAGGCUUUUGCUUGGACGCCUUACGACAUGCCUGGCGUCGACCCUAGUUUUAUUUGCCACCAGCUGAAUGUCUUCCCUAAUGCGCGGCCGGUUAUUCAGAGGAGACGCUGCUCGGCUCUGCACCAUGCCGAGGUGGUGGUAGAAGAGGUCAAAAAUUUGUUGGAAGCAGGAGCAAUAGAAGAAGUGCAAUACUCUCGAUGGAUAUCCAACACGGUGGUGGUUCCGAAAAAGAAUGGCAAAUGGCUGGUUAUCAAGCGAGCAAUUACGCUCAGCUUCCCAGCAUCCAACAAUGAGGCGGAGUAUGAAGCCCUCCUUGCCGGACUAAGAAGCGCAUUGAGAAUGAAAGCGUCAGCCCUAAUGGUAUUCAGCGACUCCAAGUUGGUGGUCAAUCAGGUCUCCGGGGAAUAUAAGGCCCGGGAUGAGCGAAUGGCGAAGUAUCAGGCGCUGGUACGCGCAGAGAUCAAGAAGUUUGACGCCAUAAGAGUGGAACAGAUCAACCGCGAAGAAAACAACACGGCUGAUGAAUUGGCCGGGCUUGCUUUUACACAAACGGCUUUUCCUAACCCCUUAAUGAUAGAAUAUUUACCUCGGCCAAGUAUUGAGGAACCAGAAGUGACGGAGGUACUCAACACCGACUUGGGUCCUUCCUGGAUGGACCCCAUCGUCACCUUCCUGAAAGAUAGAGUUUUGCCAGAAGAAAAAAAGGCAGCCAACAAGAUCCGGGCCAAGUCAGAGCGGUUUUGGCUCUCCCUGUCCGGAGCCUUGUAUAAGAAGUCUUUUACCGGGCCGUAUCUGAAGUGUGUCCACCCCGCCAAGGUGGAAGCAUUCCUGUAUGAGAUCCAUGAAAGCAUCUGCGGCAGCCAUACUGGGGAUCCACCAGCCAGCGAGGGAAUUGCUCCCCCUUACAAGUCCUUGGCUGUUCGCCCUCUGGGGAUUGGAUAUAGUGGGGCACUCCAAGCAGCCCCGGGCAAUCGCAAAUUCUUCAUCGCCGCUACCGACUACUUCACCAAGUGGGUCGAGGCCGAGCCAUUGGCAACCAUCAAGGAAAAAGAUGUGAAGAAAUUUGUUUGGAAAAAUGUCAUCACUCGCUUCGACAUACCAAAGGCCCUCAUCUCAGAUAAUGAGUUAAAGAUCGAGUUCUACAAUUCAACGCCGGCUUAUCCUCAAUCAAAUGGUCAAGCAGAAGCCUCCAACAAAACCAUCUUGGAUGGGCUGAAGAAGCGGCUUGAGAAAGCCAAGGGGAAGCGGGCUGAAGAACUCCCUAAUGUGCUCUGGGCAUACCGCACUACGCCAAGGCGGUCGACCGGAGAGACUCCGUUUGCCUUGGCCUGUGGCAUGGAAGCCGUUAUCCCGCUGGAGAUUGGCUUGCCAACCAUCUGGUCUGAAAGCUUCCAGCCAGAUUUGAACAAUGAAACAGUGGCAAUGGAGCUUGACCUAGCCGAAGAAAGAAGGGAACGGGCUCUGAUCCACAUUGCGGCUUAUCAGUAA